UUCCGGCGUCAUGUUUCUGUGGUAGCCGUUUUGCCGUUUUGAAUUUCUUACUUGUUUUCAACAGAAAAGUUGAACAUGUUGCUUAAUUUUAAUUAUGGAUUCAUCUCUUGCUCACCAAACACACUUUCUAUAUGAAAAUUUUUCAAGUAUUUUACUAGGACAAGACAUGGCAUCAAACACAAGGAAUCCCAAAGAAAUCAGAGAAAUGGUUUCCGACAGCAACAAGGAUAUGUCAGAUAUGCAGAGAAAUUUGAGCAAGUUGAAAUCUUUGUCAGAAGAUGACAAAACAGAAACUGCUAUGUUGCGGUCUCGUAUAGAUGAACAGUCACAACUCAUAAUGAUAUUAAAACAAAGAGCUGAUGAUGUGUCAAGAAAAUCUCAAACUUUGGAUAAAAUUAACAAAGAAAUGAUGGACUUCAGAGAAAAUGCACAGGAAAUGUUGGAUGGUGAAAUAAGAAAAUAUAACAUAUUAAAUGCAAGAUUUGAUGACCUAGCUUCUAAUCAUCAAGAACUAAUUAAAAUAAAGGAUGAAUACAAACGUUCAAAUCAAGAGUUACGAAUAGAAAAUUCUCGUCUCAGGGAAGAAAAUGAGAGAAUAUUUUCAGGUGCUAUUUUGGAAAAAGACAAACAAAUUGCAGAAAUGGAUAGAAAGUUAUCAAGUUUUAAAGAGCAGUAUAAUAUGCUGGAACAAAAGCACAGACAGCUACAACAAGACAUGAAAGGUAAAGAAGACGGUUUACGAAAUGAGAUAAAAACCGUCCAGGAAAACUACAGAACUGAAGUCAAAAUGUUACAGAGCAAGUUACAAGAUUCAGAGGAAAGAUUGAAGGGUGCUAAUUACAAACUGCAGAAUCAGAUUGAGGGAAGAAAAUCCUUAGAUGUGGAGUCUCAACAUAGAAUACAGCAACUUACCAAAGAAAAGGAUGAACUGUUAGAUCUUGCUAUGCAGAGAGGAAAGAUAGUUCAGAGAGAACAAACAGAGAAUAAGAAAUUACAAAGAAGGAUUGAAGACAUGGAAAAAGCUGUUCAAACAAUGGAAGAAAAAUUUGAAAGAGAGGCCACAGCUGUUAAUGCUAACCUUCAGGUAAGACGGCUGAGAGAAGAGGCUUCUGAUGCAGGUCAUAAAUAUACUGAAGUUGUCAAAGAAUUUGAAGCAUACAGAAAGCACUCUCAGACAUUGUUACAAAGAGAAAAAGAUCUGAAUGAGAGAUUAAGACAUCUAGCAGGAUAGCUUGUACCUAGGAGAUUAUUGCUGAGAUUGAAUUGUAGUGUAACAGUAUGAUACAAAUUAUAUACAUAUGAUGUACCCGUAAUGGAUGGAUAAAAAUGAGAAGUUAAUCAACCAUAUUUACUUAAUCAGAAAAAGAAGAUAUUGAUAUUAUGAAAUGCAUCAUCUAUAUAUUUGUUAAAAUCAAAGAUAAGGAAUAAUUUAAACCAAACAACACAAUUAGAAUGUUAAAAAUAGUGAAAUACUGAUAAAGGGAGUAUAUCAGUCCAUCACUAUCUUAAGUCAGAAAUAACAACAAAUGAUAGGGCCAGAUUAUUAAUGAAAUAUUGUAAGCUAAGAACAAGGUAUGAUUUGGGGUCAAUACAUUUCAAGCUAUAUGAACUUAUAACAAAACAAUGCCUUUUUUAGUUAUAAACAUACCCUUUUCAUGAUUUUGACAGCCAUGAAAUGACAGUAAAUCCUGUAAAAUGG